GUCGCAAUUAAUAGUUUUUCGAUGAACGUUUAGCUUUGAUUGCUAAAGCUGAGCACAAGACCAAUAUAUCCACACCAAUCUCUUCACCAGCCAUGAGACUACGCAAACAACUUAUACAUCACAUAAUCUCUUUCACCAGUCCAGAUGGCUGAGAAGGAGCGGUUUGCUGGCCUUAGCUAUGGCCAGGCCGGAAAAUUAACCUAUAGACCUCGAUCCUCCAAUGAAGAUUUAGGCAAACUUGAAACCUCUCGCAAUUUUAGUCAUGAACGAACACUUUCGCUCAUCGGCAAAUCUCGUCGCAUUUAUCAUGCUGCUGGACCAUCUCAGAGCAAUCGCAGAGAAGGCUUAGAAUUCACACGCAGAACACACGAAAGAUGGCUUCUUCAAUCAAUUCCCGGUACUUUUGCUGGUACCCAAGUUCUCAAUGGGGCUCUCACUGAGGCCUUGACGAAUCAUGGAUCGGAGGAAACUUCAUUCACAUCCGGGUCACUGUUGGCUUUUGGAAAUAUCGCCAACUUUACAUCGCUUGAGAACGGCAACAGAAUACCUGUUAUAGCUGUAGCAUGUGGUCGAUCUGGCGAGUCGCUGCGUAUCGCCAGGCUGAAUGAAUCACAAUGGCUGUGGCCAAACGACAACAGUGCACGCCUCUUUGAGAAUUUCGUUGAACCGGAGGAUAAGUUCAACGAGACAUUGUGGAAUCAGGAUAGCCUUCCCAUUAAGCAACUCAAAUUCGGCUCAGGAACCUCCACUCGGGGCCGCGUGGAUUGGCUGUUUGUUCAGAAGGAUGAAUAUACAACUCUCCUCAGACCCGAAUACCAUGCCCUCCCCACCAAACACGAUCGGUUCCAACUUGCUUUAUCUGGGGAGAAGGCAUCUCUAAUAAAUUUGCCCAGACUCUUCACUAUCCACAGCAGAGAGACUGGCGGGUCACCGCAUUCUGACUGCGUCUUUGGUGCUGCAGGUGCUGAUGCUCACUGGAUUGGAAUCAUAGAUGUGCUGGGAUAUUGGAACAUUUGGACCAUUGGUGGUUCUCACACAAUUACCUAUCAAACACUACAUCUGGCUGAUAACAUCAACGGCCACAUUGAUGGAGUGGCCAAAGAUAACACCAAAGACUACCGAGCGCAACGGCACGGGUUGCUAACGUGCUGGCCUAAGACGUUGACCAGAGAUGGAAAUGACUCAGACGAUUCCAAUGAUGAAGCUUACGACAUGUUGGCCUCAAACGCGACUCUUCUGGCUUGGAAUGGUCAGCGCAUAGAGGCAUUUAACCCACAAACAGGUUCUAUGCUCACUCGGCGGAAGAGCAUAUGGGAGAGCAGCACCCCAAUCUCCGAUAUUAUUGAUGUUCAAGCUUCUCCAGUCAGUAACGAAGAUAUUUUGAUUCUCACAAAAUCAAACAUCAUCUGGAUCAAACUCCUCCUUACUGCCGAUUAUAGCUGCUCGACGCAAGUCAUCCUAUCCAUCGCUCAUGGGAACAUGAUAUCAGAUAACACAAGAAUGGCUAUAUGUGGCGCAUCGCCCAAGACCUUGUCAUCCAUACUGGUUGCAUUCAGUUCCAUACAUCAGUUGCUGCAUUUAUUCUGGCUUAACAAUGAAUCGGAGGCAAUGCUGCCCCAGUUCAGUCGUCAAUCCAUGCAGAUCCCAAAUCUCGAGCAAUCAACGUCAAAAACUCUGCGCCAAGUCCGCAUUGUUCCUCUUGAUGUUGAGUACGAUCCUAGAGCCCCGCCAUCGUCCAUUGGUGGUGAUUAUUCUCGCGACCAAGUGUAUUUCUAUCAAGUCCACUUGCUUGGAGACGAUUUUGAACUGCAAUACGCUUUGUGUGCGUCCAGCGCCAACAAACAACUGGCCGUCAAACCGCCCAGCACUCGUGUUAACUACGACAUGGCAGCGCGUCGAAGGAAGUGGAAAAGAGAGAAUAAAUUCUUCGCUAAGCACUCGAAAAGCGCUUUUAUCCUUCCAGAUGGGAUAACCGAUUUAGACUUGAAGACCAUGUUCUCUGACGAACCCGAAGCGAAUGUUGAAACUCGGACGCCCGAGCCUAUCGUUGAAAAGCCUGUUGUAACCCAGCCUACGAAAUUCAACAUGACUCGAAUGACCGCUAUCAUAUCUAGGAUGUUAUCAGAGUCAUUUGCAAAAGGGGGCGCUGAGAUUCCCCCGGAGCUUUAUACAGUUAUUGCUCAGAAGGUUGGUGAAGGCCUCGAUGAAGGCCACCUCUCUGUCACCUCAUGGCUAUCUAUACUACAAUCAACAGAACUUGGAAACACAGAAGUUCGCGGCUCCAUCACUCAUGAGGAUAUAAUCAGCAACGCAAACGAUCAAGUCCAAUUCCCACAACUGAAACGAUUUGCCAAGGGAGACUCUCCGCGAAACCUGGAAUUGAGCGACAUUGAAAACUGCAUCAGCAUGCUGUGGAUAGCACCUCUUCAACGGAAGGUGACUGCUCCUGGGUUAAAGACAUUAAAUGUAUGGGCUUCUAUGGCAGCUAGAGACUUGUUUCUAGCCAGCUACGGCGUUAUGGUUCGGCCAGUGCUGCAGCCAGGCGAUUCUGCAGGCCAAUACAUGCCUUCUUCACAGCUGAUACCUUCAUCACAAGCCGGGCCAUACUCGUCCCAGAGAUCUACCCAAGGAACUGGUUCGCAAGGAACGGAUAGCGCACUGGAAAGGCUGCGGCUUCUUGCAGUGAGUGUCGGGGACAGGGUACCUGCAGCGAAAAAGACGAGCAUAAUUCAUCUUUGGCCCGAGGAACCGGGCACAAGCCUUGGUGAAUAUGUCUCCAGCGUUACCAUGGCCACAGAUGAUAAGUUUAGAGGAGUCAGAGAGCGUCAGCUCAAGAGAGAGGCCCGUCGCAAAUCUCAUGUUGAGAAGUACGGCCGCCUAUCAGUGGCAAAACAGAGCCUACCAAGAUUGGAAAACGAGAUACAGGUCACGCCAAUGCGCCCGCCACCGCUGCAGACCAUGUCUAGCCAGCCGCAGGCGCCAAACUCUUCGCAGACAAAUAUGCUGCCCAGUUCAUCGUUCCCAGUGCCCAUCAGCAGCCAAGCUCUCCCUGGUGCUUUUAGUGAGCGGAAGAAGAAGAAGGCCAAAAGAAAGAGUGGUUUUAGAUGAAAUAUUUGCUCUUUGUAUAUACUGCAUAUCGUAAAUACGACGACUUAAUCAAUAUUCUACAUACAUGGUCUUGA